AUGUGUGCUGCCGGGGACACGGACCCACAGCAGCCGCAUACGGAGGAUGAAAUCUAUUAUGUGGUGAGCGGGUCGGCGCGGUUGCAGGUGGGCGACGAGGACAGGGAGAUAAAGCCUGGGACGGUCAUAUUCGUGGAGACGGACGCGCCGCAUCGGUUUCACUCGAUAACGGAGACGCUGACGCUGCUGGUGGUGUUCGCGCCGCCGAGACGGUCGCGGGCUGAGGGCUAA